AUGGCCCCAUCGACAAAGACCCCCUCUGCAUCGUCAACACCAUACUUCGCAGCCUACCGGCACCUCGUCCCCCUCGUCUCCAAAGCAACUUAUCUGAACGCCUCCAUCGCCCCGCCGUCAAACCUGCUCGUCCACGACGCAAUCACUUCAUUCGCGCAUGAAGCCCUGCACAAUCCAACUCCCAAACCCUCCUGGCUCGCAACCGCUGAAGAAGUCCGCUGUCUUUUGGGCCGGUACAUCCACACUGAUGCAACCAACAUAGCGCUCACACGGGACACAACGGAAGGUCUGAACAACUUUAUCCGUGGCUUGAAGUUCAAGCCGGGCGAUAAUGUUGUAAUUCUGGACACGGAGCACCCGCAUCAUGCGUACGCGUGGAUGGCACUGAGACCACUGGGGUUGGAAGUUCGGCAGGUCCCGACAAUCGCCGAGGCCGAGAGAGCAGGGAAUGUGGUGGCGGCGAACGCAGAAACGUUCGCGCCAUUUGUUGACGAUCGGACUAUCGCUAUCGGUCUGAGUUCGAUCAUGUUCCACAGCGGCCAGUGGAACGACCUUCAGAACAUUUGUGAUGUUUACCGACCGAGGGGAAUCCACGUGCUUGCGGACCUCACGCAACAAGUCGGAUUUGCGCCUGUAGACGUUACGAAACUCAAUGUGUCUGCUGCGUCGUUCUCGCUACACAAGGGGUUGAACACGCCCAUCGGACUCGCAGCGUUCUAUGUGCAUCCCGAUGUCCUUGCGGAUAUCAAUCCACUACCUGCAACAGUCGGCUUUGGCAGCGUCGCUAAUUCGCGAGCGGACGUCCUUGUUCCGGCUGAUGAGAUUGUUUACCACCCAAAUGCACGCCGACAUGACCAUCUCAACCUUAGUCUCAUUGCUGCUGCGGCUGCAAAGGCAUAUCUGCAUUUCGAUCUUGAUGUCAUGGGCCCUGAGAAUGUGGAAAGUCAUCUUUACGGUCUUGGUGACGCGCUGAGGAUGGGUUGCCAGAAAAUCGGUGUGAGGAUUGUGGGUCCCGAGGACAGGAAAAGCCAUGCGCCGCAUCUGUAUAUUCUGGAUUUGCAUGAUAAGUCGUGGAUUGAUUUAUUCACGGAGAGAGGCGUUUUGGUGACACCGUACCGUUUGGGUGUGAGAGUGUCGUUUGGAUUUUAUAACAAUCUGGAGGAUGUUGAUCGGCUUCUCGAGGUUCUGCAAGAGGGAAUCAAGGCAGGCAUUCUGAUUGAGUAG